AGACUGAGGAGGGAAUGUAUGCACGCGCAGUGAGGUAAGGCGACGCAUGCGCAGUCGCGGCUUGCAAAAUGGCGGCCCCCAGAAGGAACUGUCCCGUGAGGUAAGAUGAGAAUGGCCUGUCCAAGCGCAUCCCCCAAACCGCCCCAAGACCUUUCCUCCAACAGAGAUUUGAACCUGGCGCCCAUCAUUCCCUUUUGCCAGUUUGGUCCACUCUGGAAAAACAAGACAACAUUAAAGAAAUGGCACUAAAAUGCAGCUGAACUUUUGACAGUGGAGUUGAGAGAGAGAGACUGAGACGGAGCCUGCUUUGGAACCAGAACGGCUGCUGAGGUUCUUCAGCUCACAGGAUACAACCAGGCAGCUGGCACUAUGCUGAACAAACAAGUUAUUGUGGAAUCCGUCAUUGUAUUCGCAGUCGUGCUGUGUGUACACAAUGCAGUUUGGGACCGGUUUUCAUGGUGCACCAUCGCCCUUGCUAUCCAGGCUUUUUAUAUCCAGUUUAAGUGGGACCAUCUUCUCCGCCUGGGCAAUGCCGUAUUCCAGUUCCGGACAGGAGCAAACAGUGGCCUCUUCCCAUCUUGCAUGGCUGUCCCGUUGUUGGGAAUUGUGAUGAAAGAAAGAUGCCGAAUGGCCGGCAUUGUGUUCUUUGAAAGGUUUGGCAUUGUCGUGGCAUCUACUGGCAUGAUUAUAGCUCUUUUUCUCUCUGUGAUAGCCCUCGGCAUAACCAAACCUGUACCCACAAACACCUGCAUUAUUUCUGGCAUUGCUGGCAGUCUGAUAAUCUAUACCAUGAAGCAUUCCUUGACAGUCUCAGAAGUGAUUGAGGUUCUUGAAGUUUUGCUUAUCUUUGUGUACCUCAGCAUGAUCCUAUUGUACCUGUUGCCCCGGUGUUUCACUCCUGGGGAGGCCUUACUGGUCCUCACAGGCAUAAGUUUUGUCCUCAAUCAACUCAUUAAACGUUCUCUGAAUGUCAGUGAGAGCAAAGGAGACCCUGUAGACUUCUUCCUCUUCGUGGUGAUAGUUGGAGUGGUUCUCCUUGGACUGUUCUUCACAGCUCUGUUUUUCUUCAUGGAUUCUGGGACCUGGAUUUCCUCCAUGUUCUUCCACAUGAUGACUGCAGUGCUGGGCCUAGGGGUUAUUAUGCCUUGGCUGUAUCGUCUGAUCAAGAGGAAUCCCAUGUUCUGGUUGUACCAGUUCUUGUCACAGACACAGACUCGAGUUUACCUCCUGGCCUAUUGGAUCCUUCUGGCUUUUUCUGCAUGUGCCGUGGUUCUCUACCAAAACACCAAGAGGUCCUCUGGCUCUAAAAAACACCAGGCAUCAACCAUAAUCAGAAAAUAUUUCCACUUUAUUGUGGUGGCAACAUAUGUGCCGGGGCUCAUCUAUGAUCGCCAGCUACUCUAUGUUGCUGCUGUGGUGUGCCUGGGGGUCUUCAUUCUUCUAGAAUACAUCCGAUACUUUACUAUCAAACCCUUUGGACACUGGCUCCGUCAUUUGCUGUCUCUCUUUUUGGAUGAACGGGACAGUGGGCCUUUGAUUUUGACUCAUAUCUACCUUCUCCUGGGGAUGUCCCUCCCUGUGUGGCUGUUCCCCAGACCUUGUGCCCCAAAAGGAACCUUGCCUGGAGCAGGAGCUUUGGCUCCCUACUCUGGGGUUCUGGCUGUGGGAGUUGGAGAUUCUGUCGCCUCUAUUUUUGGUACUACAAUGGGGGAGAUCAGAUGGCCCGGAACGAAGAAAACAUUUGAAGGGACGAUGACAUCCAUAUUUGCACAGCUCAUAGCAGUGGCCAUCAUCCUCAUUUUUGACACUGCUGUGGACCUCAAUGCCAGCUACUCCUGGAUCCUGGCUUCCAUCAGCUUGGUUUCCCUUUUAGAAGCCUACACCAGCCAAGUAGAUAAUUUAAUUCUGCCACUCUACCUCCAGAUUCUACUGAUGGCUUAGGGGUGUCUUGAUAGGAAGAGAUAGAUGGGGACAGUAACAGAAUACUUCCCUGUCUUUGCUUGGACAGCUGCUUUGUAUCAACGUAUAGUGUAAAGUGAUAUCAUGGCUGUGAUUUGUGAAACAGAUAAUGUCAAAAUGAUUACUCUUGGAUCAAAUUAAUAUUUAAAACUGGAAUGUAAA